AUGCGGGAGUGCAGUCGGGCCUGCCCGACAGCGAGAGUGUCGCCUCCCCGGUGGCCCUCUCUCUGGCAUCCCCGAAUCACCGAGGUCUUGAAUCACCAAGUUCGCCAGAGUGUCAGCCGCGUGGCUAUCCUGAAUCACCAAGACCUCGAAUCACCGAGCUCGCCCGUGGAGGCGACCCUCUCUCUGGCUUCCCCGAAUCACCGAGGUCUUGAAUCACCAAGCUCGCCAGUCGCGUCAGUCGCGUGGCUGUCCUGA